CACCCCGAAAAAUGUGCAAAGACUCUAGUCUUUGGUGUUUUUCACCCCGAAAAAUGUGCAAAGACUGUAGUCUUUGGUGUUUUUUCCCCUGAAAAAUGUGCAACGAAGGGUCAAUACUUUUACGGGUUUGUUCGGAGAUAGGACAAUUAUUUUUCGGGGCCUACACUCAUUCAGGGGCGGAAAAAUUGACAAAUAAUUCAGAAAAUCGGGAAAAAUUGUAAAUCAAACAGGGAGAAAACAGGAAUUAAUCUGGGAUGAUGUACGGAGAAAAAAAUCGAAGACCCCGGACAGCCCCUCAUAUUCGUUGGUUAGACAGGUCGCAGACAACGCGUUAAUACUUGACAAUAGUGGUCGUUGAUGCGUCGAGUAAAUAUGCCUCCGAAAUAUAAACCUGGUGGUAAAAACUUUCCUCCGAAGAGGAAACCUCCUUCAUCACUGUCGUCCCAAGCUCUGGAACACUUGCCUGACACGCUGUCUUCAUCUUCUUCGACAAUGAAUACUUUGACUGGACUAGAUUCAGAGGCUGAAGAUCAACUAGAACUCGAACUUUGCUGGUGCAUCCAACAGCUACAUACUGCGUUGAGUGAGGGCAAGCUCAGCGUGAAGCAAACUUUAGACAUAAAUAGAACAUUAAAAGUUUUGAAAAGCAGUAAUGCCCCAUUAAUAAAAAAACGGCAGUUCAUGAGGACAACUUUUGGAGAUUAUAGAACCAAAAUGGAGAAUGACAAGAAGAAACUUGGCAAAACUACGUCGAUAGUCAAGUUCACAGAGACUCCUAAGGAAGAGAAAAAUAAACACAAAUCAAUAUUCGUCAAAAAAGCUGCAAAGUUUAAUAUCGAAACAAACAGUUCUGAAGCUCAUGGGAAUACGGAUUCAAAGAGCUUAUUCAGAAUAUCACAUUCCGGUGAUGAUAAUUUCAAAUUCAAUUUUGACGAACCUAAAGAAUGAAGUAAAUGUUACUGUGUACUUUUGGAUAUUGUUUUAUUCUCUAUUUAAGAAAAAUCUAUGCACCCAUUGGUUCGAUUGUUGAACAUAACUACAUAGAUUUUUUAAGUAUAAAUAAAGACAAAUAUUUUGAAAUAUGA